UUUUUUAAAGAAUCUGUUGAAAGUUUCACACCCACCCAACUACCAUCGCCCUCCUUUCUCCACCCCGGUGUGUGAGAUAAUAUUUUUCCCUCCCACCUCCCGUGACUCCCUCCCUUUUUGGACCUACCCCACAUUUUGUGCAAAACGCAUCAGCCAUGAACAAGCUGUAUAUUGGGAACCUCAACGAGAACGUGACUCCGGCGGAUCUGGAGAAAGUCUUCAACGACCACAAGAUCUCCUUCAGUGGCCAGUUCUUGGUGAAAUCUGGCUACGCCUUUGUCGACUGCCCAGAUGAGCAAUGGGCCAUGAAAGCCAUCGAAACUUUUUCUGGCAAAGUGGAGCUGCAUGGAAAACAACUUGAGAUUGAACACUCAGUACCUAAAAAGCAAAGGAGCCGCAAAAUUCAGAUAAGAAACAUCCCCCCUCAGUUACGAUGGGAGGUAAGUGAGGUUCUGGAUGGUUUGCUAGCUCAGUAUGGUACUGUGGAAAACUGUGAACAAGUGAAUACUGACAGUGAGACGGCGGUUGUCAACGUCACCUACUCCAACCGGGAACAGACCAGACAAGCCAUUAUGAAACUUAAUGGGCACCAACUGGAAAACCACGCACUGAAGGUCUCCUACAUCCCCGAUGAACAAACUGUGCAGGGUGCAGAGAAUGGGCGCCGAGGGGGUUUUGGAUCGCGGGGCGCCCCGAGGCAAGGUUCACCCGUGGCUUCAGGAGCACCCGUGAAACAGCAGCCGGUAGACAUUCCCCUCCGCCUUCUCGUUCCCACCCAGUAUGUGGGAGCCAUCAUUGGCAAAGAAGGUGCCACCAUCCGCAACAUCACCAAGCAGACGCAGUCCAAAAUCGACGUGCACCGGAAGGAAAACGCUGGGGCAGCAGAGAAAGCGAUCAGUAUCCAUUCGACCCCAGAGGGCUGUUCUGCCGCUUGCAAGAUGAUUUUGGAAAUCAUGCAGAAGGAGGCAAAAGACACCAAGACGGCUGAUGAAGUGCCCCUGAAAAUACUAGCCCAUAACAACUUUGUGGGACGGCUGAUCGGCAAAGAAGGCCGCAACUUGAAGAAGGUGGAGCAGGACACAGAGACAAAGAUCACCAUCUCUUCGCUGCAGGAUUUAACCCUGUACAACCCUGAAAGGACCAUCACUGUGAAAGGCUCCAUUGAGAACUGCUGCAAAGCAGAGCAAGAGAUCAUGAAGAAAGUGAGAGAAGCCUAUGAGAACGAUGUGGCAGCUAUGAGUCUACAGUCGCACCUGAUACCUGGUCUGAACCUAGCUGCCGUUGGCCUCUUUCCUGCCUCUUCCAAUGCAGUGCCUCCUCCCCCAAGUAGUGUCUCUGGUGCAGCCCCAUACAGCUCUUUUUUGCCUCCUGAGCAAGAGACAGUCCACGUCUUCAUUCCUGCCCAGGCUGUGGGUGCGAUCAUCGGCAAGAAAGGACAGCACAUCAAACAGCUCUCCAGAUUCGCAAGUGCCUCCAUCAAGAUUGCUCCUCCAGAGACGCCAGAUUCCAAAGUGCGAAUGGUGAUAAUCACUGGACCACCAGAAGCCCAAUUCAAGGCUCAAGGGCGGAUUUAUGGCAAACUUAAAGAAGAAAACUUUUUUGGCCCCAAAGAAGAAGUGAAGCUAGAGACACACAUCCGAGUCCCCGCUUCGGCUGCAGGAAGAGUCAUUGGCAAAGGAGGCAAAACGGUCAAUGAGCUGCAGAACCUGACAGCAGCAGAAGUAGUUGUCCCGCGGGACCAAACUCCCGAUGAGAAUGAGCAAGUCAUUGUCAAAAUCAUCGGACACUUCUACGCCAGCCAGAUGGCACAACGCAAAAUACGCGAUAUCCUCGCUCAGGUGAAACAACAGCAUCAGAAGGGGCAGAACAGCCAGACGCAAACACGGAGGAAAUAGGAGGUUUCUUUACCCUGGGUGUGUGAAAGAGAAAACAAAAGAGAGAGAGAGAGAGAGAGGAAGUGAUGGACGAACGGACAACAUUGACAACGGAUGAAACAAAGCCAAGCCAAAAGAGUGAUGAGCUGUUGAUGCAGAACCCUAAGAGUGGCUGGGAAUCAGUUUACCGUAGGCGGGCAUUAGUAACUUUCUUGUAGACGGGUGACUUAAUGUCUCACUAGCCAAAGGCAGUGUGCGAUUGGCUCCUCGGUCAUGCUGUGUGUAUAUAUAAUAUAUAUAUGUG